AUGGACUCCCGCACGUAUAAUCCUCGCACCGUGGAAGAGGUUUUUAGGGAUUUUAAGGGCCGAAGAGCUGGUCUCAUCAAAGCCCUUACUACUGAUGUUGAAGAUUUCUACAACCAAUGUGACCCUGAGAAGGAGAAUCUGUGUUUGUAUGGCUUCCCCAGUGAACAGUGGGAAGUAAAUUUACCUGCUGAAGAAGUACCACCUGAGCUUCCUGAGCCUGUGCUGGGCAUUAACUUUGCUAGGGAUGGCAUGCAAGAAAAAGACUGGCUAUCUUUAGUUGCUGUCCAUAGUGAUGCAUGGUUGCUUGCUAUUGCAUUCUAUUUUGGAGCCAGAUUUGGGUUUGAUAAAGCUGACAGGAAACGACUUUUCAACAUGAUCAAUGAACUGCCAACAAUAUUUGAAGUUGUUACUGGUGCAGCAAAGAAGCAAGUUAAGGAGAAGUCUUCUGUUUCAAACCUCAGUGGCAGCAAGUCUAAGUCCAGCUCUAAGGCACAACGGGCUCCGGAAUCUCAGAGUAGACAGUCAAAGCCAUUGCAACCAAAAGAAGAGGAUGAAGAACUGGACGAACAAGAUGAUGAUGAACAUGGAGAGACGUUGUGUGGGGCAUGUGGUGAGCAUUAUGGCACUGAUGAAUUCUGGAUUUGCUGUGACAUCUGUGAGAAAUGGUUCCAUGGUAAAUGUGUGAAGAUUACCCCAGCUAGGGCAGAGCAUAUCAAACAAUACAAGUGCCCAUCAUGCAGUAACAAGAGAGCUCGCCCCUGA